AAAAAAAAAAGAAGCAGCUUUUUCUCAAAAUCGUAACAGUUACAAGGAAAAAUAAGUGUUAUGCAUAACAGGGUGGGUUAAGAAAACUAGGGUGGUAUAAAUGUAAGAUUUCAAAUUAGGUUGGUACAAUAUAAUUUUCCAAAAAAAAAAAAAAAAAAACUUUUGGCGGUCUUUUUAAAGCACGGCUUGAACAUUUCGCCAAAACAUGCAAGCAUGGCGGGAGCCAAGAAAUCUUCAUCUUCUUCGCCCAUUUCAAUCGGAAAUUGCAAGGUUGAUAUCGAUGGAAACAACUUCACCUGCCAAUCUAGACGAAAUAAUCUUCAAAUUUCGGUGUCAGAUGCCGCAAAAAUCAAAAUCUCAGUGAACAAUCCAAGAAAACACAUGACGAAGAAGAAGUUCGAUGAUCUUCAGCAUGAAGAGUCCAGAGAAAGAAGCGUGGAAGGGGAGAAAGUUUCUUCUUUGCGGGAUCAGCUUUUCUUCUUUCUUGUUAAUCCUAAAGAUAUAGAUAGCCGUAGCAAAUCGUUACUCCAGGAAGUCCUAAAUAUUUAUAUGAAAGAGCUACCUGCAAUGAGUUAUGCGGCUAACACUGGAAAGGAAUCACUUUUCCUUGAAAGAUGUGUAUUAAAUGGAAAAUACUGCACAUUGCUUUUGAAAUCAAAUUCUGUCAAAGGACCAGGAGAGGUGAUAGCUGCAAUAACUUAUCAGAUAAUUCCCACUGAUACCCAGUAUGCUGAGAUUCCUCUUAUGGCCGUCAGUUCAAACUACCAGAACGAGGGAAUUGGUUGCCUUCUGUACGCAGAGUUGAGAAAGAGACUGCAAAAUGUUGGUAUUUGUACAAUAUUAUGUUGGGCAGACAAGGAAUCAGAGGGAUUUUGGCUUAAACAGGGUUUUGUUAUAGUCGCAGAGGUGGAUAUCUCAGGUAGAGUUCGCAAACUACCUAUUAAAGCUGACAUCCGGAGGGCAUUAUGCUUUCCUGGUAGUUCCACUCUCAUGGUUUCUCAUCUUAACAAGGAUUUCAGCAUUCGAGCCACUCCUUUGAGUCAAUUUGAGUUUUGCUUACCAUCAAGACCUUCAUCUGUUCCUGCUAAAGUUCAAGAACUGGUGGGUGGGGAGGAUUCUUCAAAAGAAGUAGCCAUGGUGAAUCCAAUCAUUACCCAGUCUGAAAGUUCUGAACAUGUAAACUCAGUGAAAGAUGGAUGCUCAGAAGAUAAAGACUUGAAUGUUUCUCACCCUAGACAUGAUAUAGAGAGUUGCACUGACUUUGUUCCUUUAAAAGGAGUGGAUUGCAAAGUCACAGAUACUAGUUCAAGAAUAGUGGAAACUAGCGAUGAUGCUUAUGUAAGGAAUUGUUCUUGCUCUGGACAAGGUGCAAGAAGGAGAGACUGGGAAGCUUCCUUGUCGUCAUUAAAGUCAAAAAAGAUAAAGGGUAGUCAUCAUAUAGACUGCCACUUAGAGUCUAAUUGGGAUCUCAGUUGUGAACAAGAUCGAGGAAAUGAUUUUUCUAUUAAUGGCUGCACCAUUGCUGCUUCUAGAGGUAAGUUUUUGGUGGAGGUUAAUGAAGAGCAUCCAGCCACGGAUUCCACAAAGCUUAGUGCCAAAGAGAGUGGGCCAUUUGGUCCAUUUCAUAUCAUGCCAAAUGAAGAUCAUAUCACCAAGGAACUUCCCUCAAAAGUAAAUUUUCCUAGCAUCAUGCUAAUGAAUAUGGCUGAUGAUGUCAAAAAAGAACGUCUAACCAAGAUAAUUGAAGACCUUGGCGGUGUUGUUACCUCUGAAGGAAGUGUCAGCACUCAUACUAUCACAGGAAAAGUGAGAAGAACUCUAAAUCUCUGCACUGCUCUUUGUUCAGGUGCUUGGAUAAUCUCACCCAGUUGGUUAAAAGAAAGCUUUAGGGAAGGCAGAUUUGUGGAUGAAUUGCCAUUUAUUUUAAAAGAUGAAGAAUAUGAGUUGAGAUACAAAACGGAAUUGAAAGAUGCUGUUCAGAGGGCAAAAACAAGGCCCCGAGCUUUGCUUAAAGGGUAUGACAUCUGCCUUGCUGUGCAUGUCCAGCCUCCAGUUGACAUGCUUUCAGCCAUUGCAAAGUCUGCUGGUGGAAAUGUUCUUAAGGGGUUAGACAAAGUAGUUGAGCCAUCAAAAACAAUUUUUGUGGCAUGUGAAGAAGACAUGGAAGAGGCACUUGUAGCCACAAAUAAAGGGCUAUUGACUUUCAACUGUGACUGGUUCAUGAACUGUAUUAUGAGGCAAGAGCUUGAUUUGGAGGCCCCUAAAUUUGCAGAGUCCCUCUAGGACAAUUCCCCCCCCCCCCCCAGCCCCCUCUUUCCGUUUGGUUGGUAGAUAUAAAUGUCUGCAGAUGCAAGGGUCUUUUUGUUAAUCAGAAGGAAUGAAGCUUUACCAUGUACAAAUGUGAUUAUUGGAACGGGACAUUUUCAAUGCUAAUGUAGGCAUUUCCUCUUGUUAUGCUAAGCAAAUA